AUGGCAGAGGUUAACCUGUCGGCGUCCCUGUCCAAGCGAAGUCGAUCUACGGACAGUCGGGGGUCGGCCGGCCAGUGCUCGGAAGCCUCUGAUACAGAUAGUAAACAGGCCCACGGCAAGCAAGCGGUUCCGUCUUACCUGAACCAACCAGCAAAGUAUGUACGAGAUAAAUUUAGCGAGCUGGAGUGGAUGGAGCGGCAUCGACGGGCUGCCGGUGCGUUGUCCCAGGAUCCCACCCAUAAGUGGACGCUGGACACAAGCCCGCAGGUCAAGGCUCGAAAUCGCUACGGUGAUGUGCAGGCAUGGGAUAACUGCAGAGUUCAUCUCAAGGUCCCUGCGGGGGAGUGUGAUUUCAUCAAUGCUUCUCCCAUCGUACUCAAGGAUCCGGAGACGGACGGGGAGUACAAAUAUAUUGCUAGCCAGGGUCCAAAACGAGAUCGACUCGCUGAUUUCUGGAAUAUGAUAUACCAUGAGGCUGGUGAAGUGGCCGUUUUGGUCAUGCUCACUCAAACAGUUGAAUCUGGAAAGGAGAAAUGCGCCCAGUAUUUCCCACAGGAUAUGGAGAAUCCUAUUUUUGAAUUUUCUUCUCACAGCGCCACAGAAUCCCCAACUGCUCAUUUUUCUGGCUCGGUUACGCUUAAAAAUACGACUUACGAUGAAUCAAUACGUUCAAAUGUUAGCGAACUUGAGCUCCGCGUCGGAUCAGACACCAAGACCGUGUGGCAUUUCCUCUUUGCUGGGUGGUCUGAUUAUGGUACACCAGAGGGACCUGAUAGGGAUGCUCUUCUCAACCUUAUGACAGCCACAGCCGAGAAGGCGAAGUCGUUUUCCAAUCCUCGAAUUGUGCACUGCAGUGCUGGCGUAGGAAGAACCGGAACUUUCAUUGCCCUUGACCAUCUACUGAGACAGCUACAGUCGGGACAACUCUUGAGCGCAGAUGACAAAUCUGCAGAUGCUAUUUUCAACACUGUCAAUCGGCUCAGAGAGCAGCGGAUGCUGAUGGUCUACAACGCAUUUCAGUAUCAAUUCAUUUACGAUGUUUUGAAGGAACAGACUCAGAUCAAGCUGGGAAUCCAGUCUGCUCCGAUCGAGCCUCGUCCACAGAAAAUAGCGAAACCUGAUGACGGGAUGUUUAAGCCUGAACUGGUUGCUCUUAGUCCGGCGGAUAUCAACACUGCUGCUGAGCCAGACGAUCCGGAGAGCGAAGAUAAUAAGGAAGCCGCCGAAGAUGACGGAAAAGUCAAAGACACUGAGGAAAAUAAUGGUAAUGGCAACGGCCAUAACGAUGAAGACGACGACGACGACGAUGAUGAUGACGAAGAUGACGAAGAUGAAUAA